CCAUGGGGUCGGUGCUGAGAGGCCGCUCGGCCUGGAGACGAGCCGCCGGGAGGCUGGGGGCCGGGGCCGGGGCCGGGGCGAGGGCACAGCGGGGCGGCUGGUGGCGGAAGGCCGCGAGCUCCAGCUCCAACAACAACAAGUUCAGGGACACGGUGCUGCUGCCCCGCACAGGCUUCCCCCUGAGGCUGAGCGGCCCCGAGCUGCUGGAGAGGGAACUGCAAACACAGAGGGAAUGUGGCUUUUCAGAGCUGUACUCUUGGCAAAGAAACCAAACAGCAAAGAAGCAGUUUUGUCUUCAUGAUGGACCACCGUAUGCUAAUGGAGACCCCCAUGUUGGCCAUGCUUUAAACAAAAUUCUGAAGGAUAUCACAAAUAGGUUUCAGAUGAUGAGAGGUUGCAUAGUUCACUUUGUACCAGGUUGGGAUUGCCAUGGGUUGCCUAUUGAACUUAAGGCCCUGGAAGAAAUUGGGGAAGAGGCUAAAACAUUAUCUCCUAUAGAGAUCAGGAAGAAAGCCAGAGAAUUUGCAGAAAAAACAAUCGAACGCCAACGAGCAGCAUUCAUCCGAUGGGGUGUGAUGGCGGACUGGAAUAAUUGUUAUUACACUUUUGACAAGCAGUACGAAGCCAAACAGUUAGACGUUUUCCACCAAAUGUUCGACAAGGGUUAUGUUUAUCGUGACUACAAACCUGUCUUUUGGUCCCCCUCUACAAGGACUGCCCUGGCUGAAGCUGAGCUCGAAUACAAUCAGCAACAUGUUAGUCGAUCGGUGUAUGCCAAGUUUCCACUGGUAAAGCCCUCAACCAAACUUGCUCCAGCAAUAGAUAGCAAUCACUGCAUUAACGCAUUGAUCUGGACGACCCAACCUUGGACAAUACCUGCAAACCAGGCAGUUUGUUACAUGCCAAACGCACAAUAUUCCAUAGUGAAGUGCCUAAAUACAGAAGAACUCUAUCUUCUGGCUGCAGAACGGAUAGAAUUUACAGCAGCUGCCUUCAGCACACAAUUUGAAGUACUUCAGACAUUCAUAGGUUCAGAUUUGGAAGGAGGAAUCUGUAGCCACCCUACAAUUCCUGAAAGACACUCUCCACUUUUGCCUGCCAAUCAUGUGAAUAUGGUUAAAGGAACUGGACUGGUUCAUACAGCUCCUGCACAUGGGAUGGAAGAUUAUGGUGUCGCCUCUCAUCACAAACUCUCUGUGGAUUGUCUAGUGGAUGAGGAUGGUCGUUUCACAGAAGCCGCUGGUUCAGAACUUCAAAACAAAUAUGUCCUUCAGGAAGGAAACCAAACAGUAAUCCAGAUGUUGGAAGAGACAAAGAUGCUAUUGAAAGAAGAGGAUGUAAGACACUCUUACCCAUAUGACUGGAGGACAAAGAAGCCAGUAAUCAUUCGAUCCAGCAAGCAGUGGUUUGUCGAUACCUCAACUCUCAAAGCUAAAGCUCAGGAUUUGCUGCAUAAAGUCCACACAAUUCCAGAAUCAGCAAGCAACAGUAUGCUCAACAUGUUGGACAGACGCACAUACUGGUGCAUUUCAAGGCAGAGGAGUUGGGGGUUGCCCAUUCCAGUUUUCUAUCACAAAGAAACUGCAGAGCCACUCAUUAAUAAAUACACGAGGAAACACCUUAUCAAAUUGGUGGAAGAAUAUGGCAGUGACUGUUGGUGGACUCUGCCUUUGGACCAACUCCUGACUAAGGAUAUCUUGAAACAGAGCAAAGGGUCAGAUGUGUUGGAUUAUGUGAAGGGAGAGGAUGUGUUGGACAUCUGGUUUGAUAGUGGCACCUCUUGGGCUCAUGUGCUAGAAGAUGUAAAUUAUGUAGCAGAUGUGUACAUGGAAGGGAAGGACCAGCUGGGGGGAUGGUUUCAAUCCUCUCUGCUCACCAGUGUGGCAGUCAAAAAACAGGCUCCAUAUAGGAAUCUGGUAGUUCAUGGGUUUACCCUCAGUCAGACUGGAGAGAAGAUGUCCAAAUCCUUAGGCAAUGUGGUGGAUCCAGAUGUUGUUAUUAAUGGAGGCCAAGACCCAAAUAAAGAGCCGCCCUAUGGAGCAGAUGUUCUCCGCUGGUGGGUAGCAGAGUCCAAUGUUUUUACUGAGGUGUUAAUUGGGCCAAACAUACUGAAUACAGCUAAAGAAAACCUUUUUAAGUUACGAAAUACUCUGCGCUUUAUGUUGGGGAAUCUGAACAUUUUUGAUCCAGAGACCGAGGCAGUUCCCAGUGAACAGUUGCAGAUCCUGGAUCAGUACAUGCUUCAUCUGCUUCAAGAAUACAGCACUGAGGUUACAGAAGCUUACAAACAAUACGAUUAUGGAAAAGUCAUUCGCCUUAUGUCAGCGUUUGUUAACCGGGACCUGUCUAACUUCUACUUCACCAUCAUCAAGGAUCGGCUUUAUUGUGAAGAUGUGAAAGCCCCCAAGCGUCUAUCAUGUCAGACAGUUUUAGAAAAAGCAUUAGAUGUAGUAACUCGUUCUGUGGCUCCAAUUCUCCCUCAUCUAGCGGAGGAGGUAUUCCAACACCUGCCCUUCAGAAAAGAUCCUCUGAGCAUCUUUCGUACUGGCUGGAUAAAGACCAGUUUUAUUUGGAAGAAGCCAGGUGUGGUGGAGGCCAUUGAGGGGGCCUGUGAAAUGAGAGACCGCUUUUUUGGUUCCAUCCCUGGCAAAAAUACAAUGGAAUAUGAUGUAACUGUAAUCAUCAAUCCCAGUCUACUACUGGAGCUGAUGGAGACCUUGCAAGCAGAGGAGACGUCCAGCACAUCACAGUUGAAUGAAAUAAUGAUGUGCUCCCACACCACAAUACUUACCAGUGUCCCCCGCGAUCUGCCUACAAAUGCUGUUCUUAUUGAAGGAAAGUUUGUGAUUAAUUUACAAGGUGGUGAUAUUUGUGAGGAAUCUCCAUACCAGGUCAUUGUUCAGCCAGCUGUCAAAGAAAGAUGUCCUCGGUGCAAGAAGUACACAUCAGAUUCAGUGCUUACACCUUGCUCUCGCUGCUUGGAAGUCAUUGCUGGGAAGUGGAGUGUUUAAUGCUUUUCUCAAAGGACAGAUAAUGUAAAUGCUGAACAUUGGGAUACAAGAUCAAACAGGCACCUUGCAGUAGUUUGUAUUCCAGCAUGAUGGAAUUCAUCCAACCACUGGUAAUCUUUCAUUUUAACAGCCCUGUAUCAGAGCUGUUAAACUCCCUUCAGUGUAAUUCAGAACAGUAGAUGGGUCUGGCUUCUGAGAAUGAAAAGAAAUGUCUUGCGACCCAAUGGUUUCAGCCUCAUGGAGCCUUAAUUUUAAUUAAGUUUCUGUUAGUUGAACCAAAAUGGAACUAUUUCUAGACUAAUUUCCUUUGGAAGUGAAUGUAUGUUGAUAACAUGUAGAGCGAAACCAUGGUCUCCCAUCUUGUGCUUCAUAACUUCCAGAACCAAAUCUGAGUCUUUGUGUGAAUAUUACAUGCCAUGUAUUGGUCCAAUAUCUGCCUGUUAAUUUGGAAACAAAUCGUUCUACGUGUGGAAAUUAUAGAAGAAGCAACCCCAAAGAGAGCUUUUCUCUGCCCCUCACUGUUUAUGCAAAACUUUUCUAAUUUUCUGCAAUCUUGCUUUCAUUAUAUCAAUGUCAAAUACUCUUCCCAGUAUAUUCUUGAAAAUCCCAUUUUCAAAUGAUGGUACCAUCAUGUUAAAGCCAUAAUUAAUUAAGAAGUGGAUGUGUAUCAAGUGACCAACUAAUGAAACCUAAUGGAAGAUCCAGAGUGGUAAUAUUGUCUGAUAGUUUUGAUCUUUGAAGUACCCAAAAUUUUGGAUCGAAGUUCAGUGAUAAAAUCAAAUUGUAUUAGGAUAUUGUCACCCAGAUUUGGUAUUCUUUUCCAUUUAUUCUUAAGUGAAUAGAUUUACAGCGGUCAUAACAGAGCUCAGGAACAAUAGUCCUGAGUUUGUACCCAUGUUUGCCUUUUCUUUGAGUGUCAGUGUGUAGAUUGCAGAGAUAAACAUUACUUAUAAAUCAGCUUGAUCACAACUACAGUGCAUGUGUGGUGCAGGUAUAUUGAGUGCAAUGAACACUGGGAACCUAGAUUCCUAGACCCUUGAAGAUAAGAGGUUUGCAUUCCAUGAAUGCUUUCUAGUUUAAUUUUGUUGCAAAACCGAGUUGCUGCAAGAAUACUUCAACUCCACGAUCUCUCUUUAAUCGGUCAAGGGACAGUGAAAGGAAAUGCUUCCCACCAGCUUUCCUCAUGUCUUAAGAAAUUGACGGAUAAACUUGCAUUUAAUUCAGUUUAUCAUUCCCUCAAGACCUUUUCAAAGUGGGUAUAUUCUGGAUACCUGGCAAGCCAUUCACUACAGAUAAACUAUAAUCUUUUAAUCUUGCUUAAUUGAAAUAUAAAAUGUGUCAGUCUGGUCUAGUUGGUAGCACUCCCACUUGAGUCAGAAGGUUGUGACUUCAAGCUCCACCUCAGCAUUGAACACUGAGUCUGGACUAACACUCCAAUACAUCGUCAGAUGUUGUCCUUCAGAUCAUGCAUUAAACCGUGAUCAUGGCUACCUGUUCAGGUGAAUGUUAAAGAUCCCAUGACACUAUCCAAAAAGGAUAAAAUUGGUCACUUCAUAGCUAGUUGUGGGACAUUGCUGUGUGCAAAUUAACGGCUGCAUUUUUGUCUGCAAAAGUAGUUAAUCCUGUGAAAAUCAACUAUUUUUGUAGAUAAAUGCAGCAGUUAAUUGUUCCACAAACAGUUCUGUGUGAAAAUCAAUUUGAGACAUUACCCUGACAUGAAAAGCAUUGUAUCAAAUGGUAGGAUCAUUUUCAGUAGAAACAGACUUGCUAAUGAUCAAAUUAAUCUUUUUGCAGAAGACAAUGAGGUAGUUAGUGCCAUGGAUAUUGCAAUGCCUCCCACUUUGCAUGUAGUUAUUCCAAGAUUAAAAACAAUUUUAAAAAAUUAGAAAUGGGAAAAGGGCAGAGGGACUAUGAUGCAAGUAUUUACACCCAAAAUAUUGCAUUUUCUUUAUGGGGUGGGGGGUAAAAUGGGUAGUUUGCAAUAAAAUUCACUAAAGGUAUCAA